AUGGCCGCAGCGAGUGACAAGGCUCGAUUCUACAUGGAACAGUCGGUUCCCGAACUCCAGGAAUACGAACGCAAAAACAUCUUCACCCGCGAAGAAAUCACUUCGAUAGCCCGCAAGCGCUCCGAAUUUGAACACCUGCUCAACACUCCCGGCGCUGCCACCCCUGCCGACUACGCCCGCUAUGCACUCUACGAAAUGAACCUGGACUCGCUGAGGAAGAAGCGCUCGAAGCGCUUGGGUGUCAAGGCUACAUCUUUUGCUGGUCAAAAGAAGAUCUUCUUCGUCUUGGAAAGAGGCGUGAGGAGGUUCCAGGGAGACAUGGGCUUGUGGAUGCAGUAUCUCGAGUUCUGUCGCAAAGAGGCGGCAAACAAGAAGUUGGCAAAGGCUUUGACGCAGUGCUUGAGAAUGCACCCCAUCAAGUGGGACAUAUGGGUCUGGGCCGCAAAGUACUAUUUCGAACAGCAGGCCGAUAUGCCGACAGCGCGCAGUUACAUGCAAAGAGGUCUGCGAUUCUGCAAGAGGGAGAGAAAGUUGUGGUUGGAGUACGCCAAGCUGGAGAUGCUCUACGUCGCAAAGAUUGCCGCCCGACGAAAGAUUCUGGGUCUGGAUAUUGAGAGGACGGCAAAGCAGAUCGACUCGACGUUAGACGCAGAUGCCGACAUGAUGGCCCUGCCAGAUGUAACAGCAGACGAGAUCAAGCCCGAAGGCGCCCCCGAACCGAAACAAGCUGUCGACGAGGAAGCGCUCAAGAAACUGGCUGCCUCACCUGCCUUGAACGGCGAUAUUCCCCGUAUCAUCUUCGAGACUUCGAUGCGCGACUUCAACGACCCUACUAUCGCCGAGCAAUUCUUCGACGUCUUUGCCGGCUUUACAGAUGUCCCCUGCACCAGCAAGCUGCUACAACACAUCAUCGAUUACCUCUCCAACCAGGAAUUUGCUACCAGCAAGAUCAGCAUGCACAUCUGUCUCGCCAAACUCGAACUACUGGACACAAACACCCAGGAGGCCAUCGAGGCCGCCGAGUUCCCUCUCAAGCUCGCCAAGGCCCUUUCUGCACUCAAGAAGGCUAUGGGCGAUGCUGUUGCACAGUACAUUCGUGUCCUGAGUCAAGGUAGCUUUGAUCGCGUCAAGGCUGUCGUCAAGAGACAGCUCAAGGCCGGCAAUGAGGACGAGGCUACCCUUCUGAUCGAGAUUGCAGGCAAGGCCAACCCGAUCCAGAAGGCCCAGCUCGAGGCUCUAAUCAGCUCGUGA